AUGUAUUUCAAACAAGGAUUAAGAAUUCUUGGUUUCACAUCAUUUAUAUUUCUACAGUAUUUAAAUUUUGUUUCAUCAACCAAUCAAAACUGUCCACUAUACUGGUCAGCAUAUGCAAAUGUAUGUUAUCGAUUUCGUUGGGUGAAUCUCAAAAGCUGGAAUGAAGCGAAGGCGUGGUGUGCGUCACAGGGUGGGGAUCUUCUCAAACUUGAAAACAAUGCAGAAAAAACGUAUAUAACAAAUGCCAUUAAAAACAUAGUGCAACACCAACAUUUAAGGAAUACCAAAUGGUGGACGGGUAUGAACAACAAAAACCCACAAUCCCAGGCCUGGGUGUGGGGCGACAAGUCACCAGUGGCUCAAGUCAUUACCUCGGCGGCACAUCUUCACCAAUCCACAACAGACCACUGUGUCUACAUCAGUGGUACAGCGGGAAUGGUCAACACUCAAUGCUGGCAGAAAUAUGCUUACAUCUGCGAGAGAGCAAGAGGCACUCCACUGACUUGUGACUCUACCCGUGGAUGGCAGCAAUUCAAUAACUUCUGUUAUCAGGUCCACCCCACUGAUGUACAAACAUGGAGCGGUGCUGUAAACGUGUGCUCCAGAAAUGGCGGAGAUUUAGUAGAGAUCGACAAUGACCAGGAUCAAAUCGCCAUUCAUGAUUUCGCCCGAAACACCAAGCGCCCUCUGUGGACGGCACUACACAGCGUUCAGAUGGGUAACACGAACAACUGGCAAUGGUUGAAUGGGACUGUUAUGACCUCAAAUCGAGCACUCCAGUACUGGGCUAAUGGCCAACCUCCCGUACUUAGGACCAAUAUGCUGAAUCGCACUUGCGUUUGGAUGAAUAACGGACAACAAGACUAUCGCAAAUCUUGGUCUACGGACAACUGUAACGUGAGAAAAGGAUUCGUCUGCAAGAGACCAGAGGGUGUGUGCAUGCCGGGUUGGGUGCCCCACCAGAAACUGUGUUUCUUAUUCAACAUUCGGUUUAAGUACAACUGGUAUCAGGCCAACACUUUCUGUAGAAGUUCUGGAGGAAACCUUGUCUCCAUUUAUGGGACAACGUUUACUAACUUCAUAAACUCCUAUCUUGAUGAACUACAGUCAGCUGGCAUAGACUCGUUUUGGAUUGGACUUACUGACAACAAUAAGACGGGCGGGCCCUGGAUGUGGACAAAUGGUGGUAAUAUUCAGCACUAUCAACACUGGCCUGGGAACCAUGCUGCCCGAAACACUCCCAACAGACAGGACUGUGGCUAUAUCUACACUGGUGACAGGAGCGGAUCCUGGAGAACUACCAACAACUGUGUUACUCAAAAGGCGUUUGUGUGUCAAAUCCCUAUGGGUAAACGUGUCAACCCAGUAACCACGCCCAGACCCCAGUUUAAAUGUACUGGUCACUGGUUGCUUUACAAUGGAAACUGUUACCAGUUUAAUGAUACCAGGUUAUCAUGGCUUAAUGCCCGCCAAGCGUGCCAGAAUGCAGGGGCGGAUCUAGUUACCAUUAACUCAGCUGCCGUCCAGUCUUACAUUCUCAGACAAUCCCAUGGAAAAGAGUAUUGGAUAGGACUUAAUGACAGGACUCAGGAAGGCCGUUGGCAAUGGCUGGAUGCAACCACCGGUAGCAAGUAUUAUAACUGGAAUUCUCAUGAACCAAACAAUCUGGGAACAGAGAACUGUGUGGAGAUGAAUUUUAUGAACCGUCAGGGAAAAUGGAACGAUCGCCAGUGCUCCACGCUUGUCCGUUUCAUCUGCCAGAAAACAGCAAGUAACGCCCAGCUCCCCGUCAGCGUCUCGACUACUGCAGCCAUGCCUAUAAGUGUCCGCUGCGGUUUGAACUGGGAGGAGGAUCCAAAUUCUAACAAUUGUUACCAGUUUUUUGAUAAACAGUUGGACUGGAUGGAUGCUCGAGAAGUAUGUAGAAAUAAUGGGGGAGAUCUGGCCAGUAUUGAAUCCCGUGUUGAGCAGGCUUAUAUUGCGGGAAAGAUCAACAAUAUGAAUUCUAUAGCCUUGUGGAUUGGGAUUAACGACAGAGCGACGGAGAACAAAUUUAUAUGGGUUGACGGUUCACCCGUAGCUUACCUCCACUGGGCAAAUGGUGAGCCUAACAACUACAGAAAUAGGAACGAGGAUUGUGGCAACAUUUAUACUUCCACUUCCUACUGGAACGACAGUCCAUGUUCCGGCAGGAACGGCUUCAUCUGUAAAAAGCAAUCCAGCCAGCGGACUACCACUACCCCUCCCCCUCCUGUGGUCACCAAAAACGGGUAUGUCAUGGGAUGCCAAGAUGGUUACAAGCCUUUCCAAGGAAACUGUUAUCACCUGUGGCAAAUUCGACAGAACUGGGCCGCUGCAAAAAGUUUUUGCCAUCGUCAAGGGUCAUUUCUAGCCACUAUAAACAGUAGGGAAGAGCAAAACUUCGUCAUGACCAUGAUUCCAAAGCGCGGAUAUGGUUACUGGAUCGGACUAAACGACCUUGCGAACCAGAUGACUUUCUUUUGGUCUGAUGGGAGUCCUGUACUGUACACAAACUGGGCGGUUCGCGAACCUAAUAAUUAUGGCCAUAAAAAUGAAGACUGCGUUCUCAUGCUUAGUACGAAUGGACAAUGGAACGAUGCCAUAUGUCAAAAUCCAGCUGAUGGCUUUAUUUGUAAAAAACCAAUGACCUUGAUGUCUGCCACGCCCAAACCCGAAUCAGUGGGCUGUACCUGGCCAGCUUACGGGUAUGGAAGCUACUGUUACCGAUUCGUCUACCAAACCAAAACUUGGCAGGAUGCUCAGAAAGUCUGUGUCAAUGCAUUCCAAGGGACACUAGCCGCUAUAAAUGACAGAUUCACAGAAGCCUUCCUAUCUGCUUACAUGUCCUAUCAGACAGAUUACUUCUGGAUCGGAUUGUCGGACACCCAGACCCAGGGAACUUAUAAGUGGAUCAGCGGAGUACCAGUCACCUACUCAAACUGGGUCGCUACCCAUACUGGAAAUGAAAUUGCGUCUUGCGUGGCUUUAACAAGCCGUCAUCCAAAAGGACUUUGGCAGAAUUUGAAUUGCACAGACCAGCACCACUUUAUUUGCCAGCUACCUCGACAAGGCUACACCACCCCCGCCCUCACACAACCUCCAGCCAAUCUACCCUGCCCCGGGGGUUACAGCAGCUACCAGUCGUACUGUUACCAGGCGGUAGGACUGACGGACAAUACCCAGUGGAUGUCGUUUAACCAGGCCAGGGAUUAUUGUAGAGGUUACGGAGGAGACUUGGCCAGUGUUCACAGUGCUGGGGAAAACAGUUUUAUUCAGACUCUUACACAAUCGGGAUCCGUCAACAGCUGGAUCGGACUGAAUGACAGAGACAUCGAAAGCGGACACAAGUGGACAGACGGAAGUGCCACAGACUACACCCAGUGGAAUCGAGGAGAACCGAAUAACUUCGCCGAUACGGAAGAUUGCGUAGAACUGACUCGUGGCAGCGGAGGUUGGAAUGACGUCAACUGCUUCUUCAGUAAGCCGUUAGUGUGUAAGGUCGCUAAAGGGGUGCAACUCUCAACAACAGCAGCUCUUCCUACAGCCUCAUCAUCUGGAGCCUGUGGGACAGGAUGGGUCCUCUAUAAUCAGUUCUGUUAUUACACUGGUAAUGGCUCCACGCUCUUGACUUGGUUUGAUGCUAGAUCCACUUGUAAUCAAAUGGGGGCAGAAUUGGCAAGCAUUCACAGUCAAGAUGAAGACAACAUGCUAGUUGGACAGUAUACCAGGACCAAACGAACGGUGGACUACUGGAUUGGACUCAAUGACAUCGAGUAUAACAGCAAAUAUGUGUGGACAGACGGUAGCCUUUUGGACUUUGUCAGCUGGAGUCCUCAUGAACCCAAUGAUUAUGGCGGAGGGGAAAACUGUGUCACGAUGCCCUACUGGACAGGCGGAAAAUGGAACGAUGACAACUGUAACAUGAAGAAAAACUUUAUAUGUAAGAGACCAGUGACCGGAAGUACCAAACCAAUCAACCCAGGAACCACUGCGGUCAUCGCCGCCGGAUGUCCAAAUUCCAACUUCAAACCCGUUCCACAUUCCAAUAGAUGUUAUUUCAUUGUCCAAAACAAAGUGAAUUGGACGAGUGCUGUAUCUGCGUGUCAGACUGCGUAUCCAGGAGCGUCUCUAGCAACCAUCAGCAGUCUUCAGGAACAAUUAUUUUUGAAUUCGAUGCUGUAUGAUAAAGAUCCCAGACUGACCCUCUGGAUUGGUCUCAAUGAUCUGCGUCAGUCACGCAGGUUCUACUGGGCAGACAACUCUCCUCUGACGUUCGUCAACUGGUACAAAGGAGAACCUAACAACGCACCUGACGGCUCCAACGUCAAGUGGAACUCGGAGCGUUGUGUGGAAAUGUACGCCUCCAGCAGCGCGGCUGGUCAAUGGAAUGAUAAACAAUGUGGCGCACUGCGAAAUUUUGUUUGUCAACAACAUCGACAGUCCGGUGUGGCUGUAACUUCCGUUCAGGGAGCUUGUCCCUCGGGAUUUUCUGCAUUCGGAGCUAGUUGUUAUCGAUAUUUCCCGCCAAAUGGUGCUGCUGGCUCCUGGGCGCAGGCGCAACAAGUGUGUCAGCAGAACAGUGCGCAGCUAGUGGUGAUGAGCAGUGUGUAUGAGGAUGGAUUCGUUCAGUCUCUGGCGGGAGACCUUGCUCCUAACGGAUAUUGGAUAGGAAUGGCGGACAAGACCUCUUCUGGUACAUAUACGUGGGUACAAUCUGGCUGGCCAGUCACCUACACAAAUUGGGGGGCUGGGGAGCCGACAAAGGGGGCCGGCGAGGGAUGCGUUGCAAUCAUGAAUCACAAAUGGAACGAUACACAAUGUAACCAACAGUUGGGAUUUGUCUGUCACAUCAACAACAACACACCACUUCCAACUCCUCCACAGUCCUCAUUAAGCUGUGACGGGUCUGCUCCUAUUGCUGUUGGAGAAGGCUGUUACUAUAUAUCAGGCUUCAAAACAAAGACCUGGCCCGAGGCUAGCUACAUGUGUGAGAGAAUGGGCAUGGAACUGGCCAGUUUUCACUCUCUAGCUGAAAUGAAUGUUAUUCUCCAAAGAUUCCAGAAUUAUCAAGCACAGCCAGGAGAAACAGCUCCAAGAUUUGCCGAAAAUAUCUGGUUAGGAAUGACCAAGGGAUUCUCAGACGGAUUCCAGUGGAAGGACGGAUCCGCUGUCAAUUUCCUGAACUGGGACAAAGGAGAGCCCUCUGACGCAAUGAGUUCCUCUCAGGAGGAAUGUGUGGAGAUGUACACCAACAGCGGAAAAUGGAAUGAUGUCACAUGCUUCACCAAACGGAGAUACGUCUGCAAGAAAGCAGCGCAGAUGAGUACUGUAGGGUUCAAGCUGACAAGUGGAAAUCUUCCUCCACUGAAUCCGAAUCCAGGUACAACAGGAUACAAUCCAUGGGCAUCUCUGCCAACCACAAAUUUCCCAACCAACCGAAUCACUCCCAGUCGACAGACCCUCCAACCUCUCACUCAGCCACAGGGAGUAGGAAACCCAAAGGCAGCCCCUCAACAACAGACUUCAACGUCAAGUAGCGGUUUGUCCGCAGGGGGACUGGCAGGUCUGCUAGUUGCCAUCAUCUUUAUUUUGGGGCUUUUUGCCUUUGGAAUCAUAUUCCUUAAAAGAAGACAGUUUCCGGCAGGUAGUGCUGGCCAGGGGGUCGGGGGAUUCGAGAACGCAAUGUAUUACUCGUCAGAGGGCGCUGUAAAUAUGAAGAAUAAGAGCAAAGAGGAGGACGCAUGAUUCACAUUAUAUGAUAAUAAUGCAACCUUAUGCGCAAUAAAGCAACCAUUUUGUGAAAUUCACAAGAGACAAUGCAUUG